AAUUCUCAAUCUAAUUUCCAAUGCUUUGUUUGUCUCAUGAUCAAGAAUGUUCUUCAGCUCUUGGGUUUGAGUUUUUUUUUUUGUAAGAUCUGCAUGUGCAGAAACUUCUCUAGUUUGGUCAAAUUCGUUCUCCGGCAUUAUUUUUAGCAACCAAACAGAACAUUUGGUGAUUGUUUGUUUGCUACUCUUUUUUGAUGAUGAUGCAAUAUUCGAAGUGAUCUGUUCUGCUCACAAGCUUUGGCCUUUUCCUUGACAUAUACUCAGUAGCCAAACAAGGAUUAAGCUUUUGUUUGUUUGCCUCCUUUUUCCUUGUGAUGAUAUUUGCGUAAUAUUUACAUGAUCGUGUGUUUUUUUUGACAAAAAAUCGUUGCUUUCGUCUUUUUCCUGCUUUUGCGAUUUGCUUUAUGUUGGGUUUCUCUAGUGGGAAAACUACAGUUCGUACUCUCGAUUUCAUUAUUGCUUUUAUUCCAAUCUCCUUAUGACUAUUUCUCCUCCAUAUGAAUCUGUUGACCCAACUCUUGCUCUGUUUGGUUGCUGAGAAACCGGAGGAGAAAAAGAAAGAAAUUUACUUGAAUUUCGAAAUUUUCAAAAGUAAUUGAUACCAAAUUUUGAGGUACAGGUCUGGCUGUUUGUUGAUAUUGGUCAAAUUUUCAGUAACUCUAAUGAGGAUUGGAGAUUCAUAACUUGGGUUUCUCCAAUUGGUUAAGAAGCUGGUUUUGUCAUCGGUUCACGUAACCUCCAUAGCGUAUUUGACUAUGAUAAAAUGCCUCAUGUCCCCAAUUUUCUAUGUCAAGUUGUAAAGUGGAUUCGGCUUUGAUGUGUGGGAAUCGUUGGCAUUUGGAUAGUCUUUUGCUCAGUUGACCAUUUCAAAAGUUCAUGUGAGAUCUGUUUGGCCAAAGGAUGAAUCUUAUCCCUUAUUGCAUCAGAUGUCUUCUUUGAGGAGCUGAACAAAUGGGGGGCUGUGUUUCGACUGGUAAUAAAAGGACUUGCAGUAGCAGGAACAAUGGAGAGACGCUUUCUCCUUCAUGCUUGGGGAUUGGAUUUUGUGCGAAAAAGAGGCCAAAGACAUUCUCGGACCGUGUAUAUACCCUGCAGAGUUUACCUUCCAUACCCAACCGCAUUUUUGCCAAUGGAAAGAGCAGAGCGUCUUGCAUAUUCACGCAGCAGGGCCGUAAAGGCAUAAACCAGGAUGCCAUGGUUGUGUGGGAAGACUUCAUGUCAGAAGAUGCGAUAUUUUGUGGUGUGUUUGAUGGCCACGGUCCACACGGUCAUCUUGUUGCUCGCAAAGUAAGGGAUGCAUUGCCAUUAAAGCUGCUAUCCUUCUUGAAUUCUUCUCAAUCAAGGUCAAAUGUGUCGAGUAAAACAUGUUUCAGAGGGAAUGUAAAGAAACCAGAUGGUGGAGAAACUGAGAAGGAUGCUUCACCUGAGGAGAAAUUAAAUCUAGAAUGGAGAGAAGCUUUCAUGAAGUCAUACAAGUCCAUGGACAAGGAACUUAGGUCUCAUCCAAAUGUAGAUUGCUUCUGUAGUGGUAGCACUGCUGUCACUCUAGUCAAACAGGGGUCAAAUCUUUUCAUGGGUUAUAUUGGGGAUUCCCGAGCAAUCCUUGGAUCAAAAGACAGUAGCGAUUCCAUGAUAGCAAUCCAGUUAACUGUUGAUCUAAAGCCUGAUCUGCCAAGGGAAGCUGAAAGGAUUAAACGAUGUAAGGGUAGGGUGUUUGCUUUGCAAGAUGAGCCUGAAGUACCUCGAGUGUGGUUGCCUUUUGAUGAUGCUCCUGGUUUAGCAAUGGCUCGAGCCUUUGGGGAUUUCUGUUUGAAGGAGUAUGGAGUGAUCUCCAUUCCUGAAUUUGCACACCGGAUGCUUACAGAGCGAGACCAGUUCAUUGUCCUUGCCUCAGAUGGGGUUUGGGAUGUCUUGAGCAAUGAAGAGGUUGUUGAGAUAAUUUCCUCAGCUCCAAGCCGCUCAGCAGCUUCAAGAUAUGUGGUAGAUGCAGCUGCUCGUGAAUGGAAACUUAAAUACCCAACGUCAAAGAUGGACGAUUGUGCAGUUGUUUGCUUGUUUUUAGAUGGGAAAAUGGAUUCAGAAUCUGAUUACGAGGAACAAGGCUUUUCAUCUGCAACCCUCCAGAGCAAUCACUCCGGCAAUGCAGUUGAAUCCGAUGAUGGCCAGAAGUCUGAGCCCUCUUUGCAGAGGAAUUGCACUGUAAGAUCAUCUGAUGAAAAUGAUACUUAUGGACGACUACCUGUUGAGAAUGAAGGGAAUGUCGAACCAAUGUCAACUGAAGACCAGAAUUGGUUAGGUUUGGAAGGUGUCACGCGUGUGAACUCCCUGGUUCAGCUUCCAAGAUUUUCUGAGGAAAGGCCAUAAGUUUUGUGAUUCAAGUAUGAAAUGGCAUUUUGUUGUACUAUGGGAUCUUUAUUUUUUUGCCUCAUUAAAUCCAAAAGAAAGAUAAAUCUUUCUGGAUUGCCAUUUCCUCCAAAUUUGUUGUAGGCACAAAAUGUCAGGGUACAGUUCUCUUCAGGUAACUGAGGAAUUAACUGGUCUUUGGUUUUCUUAAGUUUUAUGUACAUUCAUAGUCCCAAUGACACUUUGGCAAUGUAGAUGUAGCAUUUGUUACCUGCGGCCUUGUAGGCUUGUUUUACAUCUGUUGUAGGCAUUGGAUUUAUUCGUAGUAGUGCCUGUAAUAACAAGGAUAAAUGGUUGUUUCUGUUGAA